GAGCUCAUCGAGGACAUCGAGCGCCGCCUCGUCUACAAUCCGCGCAUCAUCGAGCCCACGUCGGCCACUGUGUGGGGCGCAGGCAAGACGCAGACCGUCGCCUGGUCCACCGAGGACAUCCCGGACGAGGCGCGCAACUACCGCGGCAUGAUCAAGCUCGGCUACCAGCCGGCAGACGGCUCGGGCGGCCUCAACCUGAAGUGGACAUUGGCGAGCGACUUCCUGCUCACCGACGACCAGGCGGACAUCACGCUGCCCUCGGACCUCGAGCCGCGCGACGACUACAUCGUCGUGCUCAUGGGCGACAGUGGCAACGCCUCGCCGCUCUUCACCAUCGAGCAGCCCACG